UCCUCUUCCUCAUUGUGUAAAUCUUGUGGCUGAGCUUGUGUAGUUGAGUCCAUAGUUUCCAGGAAUGCGCAUCGGCGCUACUUCCGAGUAGCCGUGCUGUUGAUCUCUUUGGCCAUGCAAUAUGUAUCGCAUCCAAGUAACCCGGGAUAUUCCCACUAGACGGCCUGCUAGUUAUUUCUGCAGCCACGGAAGAUACAUCGUUCGUCCCAACGUGGAGCUGGCCGCGUAAGGUGGGUUGACUUGACGUCGGUCGGAGCUCCUCCCAAGGCGGACACCAAAAACACCUCCGCCUGGCCCUUUCGGCUUCGUGUCUUCAGUUGUUGGAAACCACCACAACAUCCCCCAGGCACGGUCGAUCUCUAUGUGCAAGAUAUGAUGAGGUGCGAUCUACAGUCUUCUACUCCACUGAACAUCCGACAUUCGCACCAUGAGCCUUGAUCCGAGCUCGUUUCCGAGGUCAAACUCCCCCGCAAGCUCCGACAGCUCUCUUACGCGCUCCCGACUACGAGGAAAGGAAGAACCCCUCAAAAAGGAUAAGAACUACCGUCGAUAUGCGUCCAGUGUCGAACGAGCCCUGUCGCUCUUCGACACAGCACUACAGGAGUGGGCGGAUUAUAUCUCGUUCCUCAGCCGCCUUCUGAAGGCUCUUCAAUCUCACCCCCCUGAGUUACCCAUUGUUCCUCACAAAGUGCUCGUAUCCAAGCGACUCGCCCAAUGCUUGAACCCUACGCUACCGUCUGGUGUCCACCAGAAAGCCCUCGAGGUCUAUACAUACAUCUUUGGACUUAUCAAGUCUGAUGGACUAUCGCACGACUUGCCUUUAUACCUACCAGGUAUUGCGCCUACCUUGACAUUCGCCUCCCUCACUGUCCGCCCGUUAUUUUUGUCUUUGGUCGAAACAUACAUCUGUGGUCUGGAACCAUGGGCUCUUCGUCCUGCGUUGAAGGCGAUCAUUCUGGCUCUGCUACCAGGGCUCGAAGAAGAGACAGGCGACGAUUUCGAACGAACAUUAUGCCUCAUGAAUAAAUUCCGCGAUAUUGCGAAUCAGAUGGGGACACAUGGGGCCAAGGCAGAAACAGGCCCAAGUUGCCAAUACUUCUGGCAAUGCCUGUUCCUUGCCUCGAUUACCAGUCCGAGCAGACGGGCAGGCGUUUUGGCCUACUUGAACCGUCAUUUGCCAAAGUUAGGCGCCGCAGACCGUAGGCCGAGUGGGACUGAUGCAAACGCCUCCAAUGAGCUACCUUCUGAGAUGCUCGUCGCAGCCGAUUCAAUUAUACUACCGGAGCCUGGCUUGCUUAUCCGAUGUUUUGCAUCUGGCUUGUCCGAUGAGCAAGUUCUUGUUCAACGCAAUUUUCUAGAUCUGCUUGUGACGCAUCUGCCUCUCAAUUCACCAAUCUUGCAGUCGCGUAUUACAAAAGAUGACCUCCAAAAACUAAUAAUCUCAGCCAUAGGAGUCGUUGCCCGCCGAGAUAUGAGUUUAAACAGGAGAUUAUGGGCUUGGCUUCUAGGCCCAGAGCCUGCCAACGAGCGGUCUUCUUUCGAAGGCCGCAAGUCCUCUCCAGAUGAUUCUCGUCCACCUACUGCUGAUAAACAGGAGUUAUCACAGUCCCAGUACUUCAGCCGCUUUGGAUUGGAUCUAUUGGUCAAGGGCCUUCUCGAGAUGAUUGGACAAGGCUCGAGCGCACCAUCUGAAAGGGCAAAACCCUUCCGAAUCUCACUUUCAUUAAUGGAUCGGUGGGAGGUUGGUGGUUUCAUCGUCCCGGCAGUUUUCCUUCCUAUAAUGCGAAAUGUUCAAGCAUUCGAGAGCAUAGCCCCCAAGAAUCAAUUUGAUGAGGUUUUCCGCAGUGCCAGUGCCUUUUUCGAUGGCGUCGAAAGUGGGGUUAUAUUUUCCGAAAUUCUCGAUUUGAUAGACUGGAAAUCCCAAGAUAUUGAUACUCAUUAUGACAACGCGCUGGACGACCUGAAGCUUGCAGAUUUCAUACUCGAAAACUUCAACGUGCGAGAGGAAGAUAUGAUUCUUGUACACGUUCCUUUGCUGGUGCUUUCACUUCUUGUUAAGAUGGGCGAGCUCUCUUCAAUUCAAGAGACCUCUAAACUGACUCGGGACCAACGGCGACUUGUCUCAAAUGGGCUCAUGAGGGUGAUGAACUCCUUGAUCGGAUUGCUCACAGAAAGAGCUUUUACGAGAAGCUUGAGCUCUGAGAAGACACCUGCAGAUGAUUCGUCGGUUGAUAUCGAUGGCGCUCAGAUCUUGAAAAGGAUACACGAAUUCUACGAGCAGAGCAGGAGCAGCCUUGACCUUCCGCCGCUACCUUUUGUUCCUACACAUAUCGGAGAACUCAUCGUUCGAGAAGCCCAUGAACUAGCCAUAUCAACUGUUGAGGGUCGUGAUGAUACCUGUCCAAUUCAGGAGAAAAUGAAUGUCCUCAUAACCUUACUGAAGAAGCUUCCCAGAUCUCAGGCUCUUAGUGACCGGCGAUUUUAUUCGGCAAUCUGCAGUCGAAUGCGUGUGGACCAAGUUGAACCGACCACUGCUUUCUUCUCAGAUAUUUCCUCAAUCACCUCUGCGGUAACGAGCCUAUACUUUAUUCACGCUCCUGGUUUCUAUUUAAGCUACGAAGACAUCUCUGAUUUGGUCCCUACACUUGUUAAACAACUCUGGCAAUUCCUAUCACCGUCGAGCCCCAAAUUCCACGUCGAGGCAGUUCGUUGCCUCUGGCACUUGCACUCAGUAUCUUGGCUGAACCAUCUCGUGGAGGCAUCGAUAACGUCCUUAAUGAUCAAUGCAUCACCAACCAAGUCUUCACAUCAUUCGUCAGAAGAGCAAGCUGAAAAAUACUUUGUUUUGUGGAAUCAUAGCCACCAUGGCACGUAUGAGCUUCCUCCAAGGCAGGUCAAGGAUUUAGGAAAAUUUCAGGUUUCAUACAAUGCUUCGAUGCUUGAGCGACCUCUCUUCAUAGUUCUAGAUUUACUUUCUCAAGGUCCUGAUGAAGCUUCUCAAGGAGUUCAGCGAUGGCUCCAAGAACUACCAUCCUUACACAAAGUCUUCCGUAUAGUGAUUUCGAAGCUCGAUGAUCUCUUUUUGCGGGCAGAUCACGUUGAAGGCGAUGCUGAAACGCUUGCUGUAUCCCCUGACGACUACAAGGAAUGCAAUUACCUGCUUCGAACACUUUCAAAUAUUAUAUCCACACUUUCUCAUAACGGAUGGAUCAUCCUUCUUAACCAUACAAUAUCCCAAGUUGAUAAGCACCAAGCUGGAUCUACAGCGGAAGGGCAUGUUCAACCCAGGAGUCUUCACACAGCAAUUUUUGAGGCUGCCUUGAGGGUUAUCAGUGAUCACGCGACAGCAGCCUCACAGGUGAGCCCCGAGGAAGUGAAAUUGCAGCAAACUGCGCUCUUGGUCAUGCAACAACUGCUCCUUGGCCCUGGAGCCGAAGAGCUUGCCGAAUCAGGAAUCGACACCCUCCUUGUCGAUCGACUUUCUCUAUUGCUUGAUGAAGGCGGUAGCAUCGUUGUCCAAGGGGCUAUGAUAGACGUUCUUCUUGCAACAUUGAAGGUCCGGUUCGCUCAAGCAUACCUGCCGCCCCCUCCUCCUAGGCCAAAACAUAUGAGAACAGGGUCUCGUGACCGGCUCACAAGCCCCUCCAUACUAUCAUUCACGAGUGACAAGGGAGAUAAAGGACCCGCGACUCCUACCCUGCCUCAGCCUCCUCAGCAGCUUCUUGAGUGUCUGCUCAAGGGUGUCAGCUCGUCAAACUCGAGGGAAAUUGUGGAAAAAUGGAUCUUCGUGCUUUGCGAACUGCUUCCAUUAUACACAGGCUCUAUUUUUCAAAUUCUUCUGACACUUGUAGAAUGUUUCUGCAAAGAGAUUCGAACUUCUUACGCCAAUCUUCAGCUCGCUUUCAAACAGACCCAAAAUUGGCCUGAGGACCGGUCCGAGCAUGUCACUAUCGCUCUCCUCACUGGCCUUGAAACCUGCAUUGCAACUGCCCAUGAGCGUCUCCUUAUAGAGGAAGCAAACGUUCCGGCUGUUAAGAGCCCAGAUCAAUCCCAGGGCUUCUUCGGAAACAUGGUCUCUGGAGUAUUCACCUCGGAUGGAAACCAGGGCCGUUCAGCCGCUGCGAACAACAGACUUACUGUUUUAUUGUGUUUUCAAGACGCUGUGCGACUCUGCUUUUCCAUAUGGUCUUGGGGUGCGGGUGAACGAAGUGGCACGCCUCAGGAUUCCGAGUCUCUUGCAUCAUUCCAAUAUACAUCGCUACGGAUGCGAAACAGAUCCCGACGGAUUCUGGAGCAUCUGUUUACUGCGGAAGCCCUCGAAUGCCUUGAGACAUUGGUAGAAAUGUGGACUAAGUCCGAUUCUGACAACUCGUCCCUCAUCUUUGGCUUGCUCCAUACCUUGGAUGGGUCUCGACCGAAGAUUACCAUCCCAGCCGUCUUCAAUGCCAUCUAUACCCGGACCAAUCCCGCUGCGCUGGAUCCCAACCGGAAAUCUGCCAUGACUUCCAACAUUGGAGAGUCCGAGCUAGCAGGAUUCCUGGUGACCUAUGCCAGGUCACUUGACGAUGAUGUGCUGGAUGAAAUUUGGGCAGAUUGCACUACGUUUUUGCGUGAUGUGCUCAGUAACCCUUUCCCACAUAGACAGAUCCUCCCCCGCUUGGUCGAAUUUGCCGCCAUUCUUGGUGCAAAGAUGGAAAACACAAAUUUCGGGGAAGAUCGGCGGAUGAGAAAAGAGCUUGGGGAUGUGCUGCUUCGUCUUCUGACGGCAAUCUUUACGAGCAAGCCUUUAGGGAUGUCCCAAGACUCAGGGUUCAUGAGCAGGACCUCAUUGGACUAUGAUAGCUCUUCAAUGGCGCAUAUUGGGCCCGAUGAUAUGCUUAGCAUCCUUGCUACGUCGAUGCCUGCCUUCAUCACUACUUUGGGUGACUCGGACCGCAUCAAUACAGCUGUAACGGGCAUUUCCACCAAUGUCAUCGGGCCAAUGCUUCGCUCACGACUUUUCCCCAACAACAUUAACCGCAGCGUUAUGGUCCUUCUUCAGCACAUAGCCAAGGUUCCAUCUGCGGCGAAACUAUGGAAGAAGGACAUAGCAGAUGCCUUCAAUGAUCCAAGGUUCUUUGGUUUCCAAAUUGACCUUGUGAAAGACAGCUGGAUGAACCUUUUGCGACAGUGGGUUCUUGCUGAUAAAGAUCGGCUGUCUGAGUUGAUGUCUCGUCUGCCCCCGCCCAGCACCGCCGGGAUCAUGUUCGGUGUAGGGGCAUCGGCUGCUCGCUUAGAAGCUGACCGGAAAGCCCAGCUGAACCUUCGGAGAAUUGCGCUGCUCAUCUUGUCCGCGAACCAGGAUUACUUUAUUGUAGAGCUCACAGGACUUCUUCAGAAACUCGAAGAUCUCCUCGCGGCUACCAGCUCAUCAUCCCCGUCAUCUGCUACGAGGGCCGAGAUCUUUAUGGUUCUCCGCGCCCUUGCGCUCAAGACGUCGACAACUACACUAGCCCCAUUUUGGCCCUUGAUCAACACGGAACUCCAAGAAGCUAUCUCUGCAGUAUCAAAUGGACAGAACCAAGAGGUUUACAACCCUUACUCGCUGUUACAAGCGUGCAAGCUUCUGGAUACCCUACUUAUCCUUGCGCCUGAUGACUUCCAGCUGCUUGAAUGGUUAUUUGUGACUGACACCAUCGAUGCGGUCUACCCACCAGAGCGUUGGGAGUCUAUGGCUUUGGCCGAUGAGGUUUCGCAUAGCUUGGAAAUACGUGCUCCAGCAUCACCGUCAACGCCUGGAGAGGCGAUCGAGUCUGCGCAAGGAAUGAAGCAGCCUUGGCUGAUAUCGGACUGGAUUCGGGAGACAGCCAAGGAUGAGAUUAUCGAGCGUGUGCUUCGACCAUUCUUCGAUCGACUCAGCAUAUAUGCGUAUGAGAGUACCUAUAGCAUGGGUAGUCCGGCUUUAGACCUAUGUCGGGAUGAUUUGCUAGCGGAUUUGUUCAACGAGAGCACCAUGGCGAACUAGGAGGUUUCAUUGCAUUGUAUAUCUUUGCAUUCAUUUUAGAUUCGGGAUAUAUAAUACACCUCACAUUGGCAUAAACCGUUCUAGAUUACAUGCCGGAUGGGUAGAAUGUGUAUACUGCAGGGUAGACUUGAUGAGGCGUUUGGUAUUAUGGUCUGGGAUACCUUUAGGGAUUGACUUAGAACGAUGAAAUGCAAAUAUGUUUAUUAGUCCACUGUUAUUUAUUUAAUUAAACGUCCAUUGUGACAGUUGCAGAUCAUACCAUGCAGCUGUGGUGCAGAGAUGCAAGC